CACCUACUCCUCCUCCUCGCUCCCUCUUCACUCUCCCCCUCUUUCUCUCUCUCUCUCUCCCUCUCUCUCCCCCCUCUGCGGCUCUAUCUGCUGGCGCUGCAGUGAAUCUCUCCCCCGCUGUCAGAAACCGUAAAGUCAGACAGCCGGUGGUCGGUAUCGUACCGUUAAAAGUCAGAAACCUCGUCGAAACGUCGUCUUUAUCUGCGCGCGACGAUCCGCCAACGGAGCUUUAAAUCACCCUCCGAGCAGCUUCAGACCCCCCCUCUGCAGCAAACAUGGGAAAUGAAGCCAGUUACGCCCUGGACAUGUGCUCGCACUUUGAUGCCGAUGAGAUUAAGAGGCUAGGGAAGCGAUUUAAGAAACUGGACCUUGAUAACUCCGGGUCCCUGAGCGUGGAGGAGUUUAUGUCCUUACCCGAGCUCCAGCAGAAUCCCCUCGUGCAGCGAGUCAUCGACAUAUUCGACACCGACGGAAACGGGGAGGUCGACUUCAAAGAGUUCAUCGAAGGAGUCUCCCAGUUCAGCGUCAAAGGCGACAAGGAGCAGAAGUUGCGUUUCGCCUUCAGGAUCUACGACAUGGACAAAGACGGCUACAUCUCCAACGGGGAGCUCUUCCAGGUCCUCAAGAUGAUGGUGGGGAACAACCUGAAGGACACCCAACUCCAGCAGAUCGUGGACAAAACCAUCAUCAACGCAGACAAAGACGGCGACGGCAGGAUAUCCUUCGAGGAGUUCUGUGCGGUCGUUGGUGGAUUAGACAUUCACAAAAAGAUGGUGGUGGACGUCUGACGGGUUUCUCUUUUGGUUUCUUUCCUCCAUUUACUGAAGAUCUGCUUGAAGACAUCGUCCAACAAAAUGCUCAACGAAAGUAUUUUCUCUGUGAAAAAUCCCCCAUUUCUCCUCCUCCCCCCUCCCUCCCCCCAUUUCUCCCCCCCUCCAAACUUUCACCAAGUAUUAAUCGAACAGGAACUCUCUGUGACUCGUCGCACUCUAAAAGCCGACGGACGGCUUUUUUUAGCGCAGAGCGACGGUUUCAGUUUGGUGGAGGAAAGCUGGUGUGUGCAUGUGUCUUUAAGUGUGCAUGUGUUCUGUAUGUUUUACUGGUUUUUCAAGGUAUGUUGGGGUUUCUUUUUUUUUUUUUAUAUAUAUAUAUAUAUAUUUAUUUUGGUGUCAGUUUUUUCUUUUUUUUUUGUUCUUUUAUUUUGGAGAAUCAAAGGAAGUCCAUCUUUAAAGAGUAAGUCAACUUUAGUGGGUGCGUGUCGUUAGCGGCGAUGUUACUUGAUUUCAGAACAACACAAACGCAGCAUGAAGUGCCAACAAGAAUUUAUUGACAUGCAGGUUUAAAAAAAAAAAAAGAAACAAAAAAAACACAAAAACCAACAAACAAAAAAAAUCUUGUCUUUUUAUUUUAGAGAUGUAAUUGUAUUAUGGAAUGCAUUUAUCUUACUGGAGUUAUUUACACUUAAGGACAGCUUCACUUCACGGUCGUGUUCGGCUUCUUUUUAGUCUAACGAGGGCGAAUAUUUGUUUUCUUUCUUUCUUCAUCAUGAAGCACCGAGUUGUAGAAACGACUGAAAUGUUGGAGGGGGGGGAGGGGGGCGACAUGUAAUUAACCAAAACUCCUACGUGACCUGAACGCAGCAUAAUGUCCGGGGGCGAGUCUGCAUGAGUGUUGAGUAAUCUAUAAAAAUAAACUACUUUACAUACUUGUUUGUAGACGUAAAAAGAUCACAGUUUUGCCAUUUUUAGGGGAAAAAACGGUUUUAUAUUUUCUGUCCAUUUUAUUAUAAUAACCAAACAAGUGAACGUGCAUCAAUUCGUAUAUAUAUAUAUAUAUUUUUUCCCUCUCAUGAAUAGUUUCCCACGUUUUGCUCUCGUGAGAACCAGAAAGCGCAAAGCCUCCGAUCCAGUUGGGACGACCUGCGGCGGAGUCUCGUCGCCCGUGACGACACAGAUUUCGGUAAAAAUAUAUUGCGAGUGUCGAGCUUCGGCAGAAUCGGCAGAGACGAGACCGUAAAAUGUCUUUUGGAAGAAGAGAAAAAGAAACCCGGGAGGGGGGGGACCGCGCUCGCCGCUUUUUGGACGUUCACGUCUUUUGCCAACUUCCUGUCACAGUAUUUUAGCUCGCUGCUGAACGACUUUUCUACCUGAAACGACUUGUGACGUGUUUUGCAUGACGUGUGAUCUGAUCUCCUCUUCUUCCUCUUCCUCUUCUUCUUCUGCCCGUUGCUCUUUGCAUGUCGAUCGGAUUUUAUUAAAAAGGCUUUUAAAGCUUUCUUAAAGCUUUUCUUCUACUUUUUUCUUUGUUUUUUUUUUUUCCAAAAUCUGGUCUCGAAAUUUAAUGAAAUGAGUGAAAUGUCUUGCGAAUGCAAAUAAUCUAUUCUGCGCAUGCUAGUAUGUGUAUUACUGGUUCGACCACUUGCAUAUUUGCAUUUUUAUACAGUUAUACGAUACAAUCUAAAGUUUUUUGCUGCAUGUUCAAUAGUUAGAAAUCACGAGGAAUAGAAACCCUUAAAAAAAGGAAAAAAACACAAAAAACUUUAUUUAGCUGUAAUAGUUUCAUAAUUUAAACGUGUGGAAAAUGGUGUCGGGGUUGUGUUUAUUAUUAUUAUUAUUAUUAUUAUCAGAUGAUGUAUUUCAUGGUGAGGAAAAGUAAUCUUAACAUCGUUUGUAUUGUAUUUCAUUACUUUAGCAUUUCACAGUUUUGGCUCAUUUCAUGAAAUUCAGUGAGACCGUGUUGUGUUUACAUAUAAAUAAUGGUGAUAAAUAAAUAAAUAAAACAUG